AUGGGAUAUCGGGAAGAACAAAUGGUACAUACCUCCCCCAGCAGCCCUCCUCCAACAGCCCUCCUCCAGCAGCCCUCCUCCAGCAGCCCUCCCCCAGCAGCCCUCCUCCAGCAGCCCUCCCCCAGCAGCCCUCCCCCAGCAGCCCUCCUCCAGCAGCUCUCCCCCAGAAGCCCUACCCCAGCAGCCCUCCUCCAGCAGCCCUCCCCCAGCAGCCCGCCUCCAGCAGCCCUCCUCCAGCAGCCCUCCCCCAGAAGCCCUCCCCCAGCAGCCCUCCUCCAGCAGCCCUCCAGCAGCCCUCCAGCAGCCCUCCCCCAGCAGCCCUCCUCCAGCAGCCCUCUUCCAGCAGCCCUCUUCCAGCAGCCCUCCCCCAGAAGCCCUCCCCCAGCAGCCCUCCUCCUGCAGCCCUCUUCCAGCAGCCCUCUUCCAGCAGCCCUCUUCCAGCAGCCCUCCCCCAGCAGCCCUCCUCCAGCAGCCCUCCUCCAGCAGCCCUCCUCCAGCAGCCCUCCCCCAGCAGCCCUCCUCCAGCAGCCCUCCUCCAGCAGCCCUCCUCCAGCAGCCCUCCUCCAGCAGCCCUCCUCCAGCAGCCCUCCUCCAGCAGCCCUCCUCCAGCAGCCCUCCUGCAGCAGCCCUCCUCCAGCAGCCCUCCUCCAGCAGCCCUCCUCCAGCAGCCCUCCCCCAGCAGCCCUCCCCCAGCAGCCCUCCUCCAGCAGCCCUCCCCCAGCAGCCCUCCUCCAGCAGCCCUCCCCAAGCAGCCCUCCUCCAGCAGCCCUCCCCCAGCAGCCCUCCCCCAGCAGCCCUCCUCCAGCAGCCCUCACACACCACAACAUUUUUUCAUUCUGA